UGUGUUAGUGUGUGUCAGUGUGUGUUAGUGUGUGUUAUUGCGUGUUGUCUCUUAAAGUCUGUUGAUGUGUGUUAUGUCUUAGUGUGUGUUACUGUAUGAUGUUGGGUUCUAGAGUGUAUUAGUGUGAGUUUUGUCAUUAGUGUGUGUUGGUGUAUGUUAGAGAUGGUUAGUGUGUGCUAGUGUGUGUGUGUGUGUGUGUCUGCGUGUGUGUGUCUGCGUGUGUGUGUUUGCUUACAGUGGAAAAGCAACAUGUAAAUUGUGCAGUGUUUCCUGGAAAGUUUAAGUUCAGUGUGUGUGUGUCUGCGCGUGUGUGUGUGUGUGUGUGUGUGUGUGUGAGAGAGAAAGACAGAGAGAGACAGAGGAAUUCAGCUGUGCAGGGUUUUUCCCUUCGAGUGUGUGAAGAUGAACUGGAUGUUUAGGAGACGUUGCUCUCUGAUGAUUAUACUGAUGAUCUGCUGGAUGAGCACGUGUAAAGGUUCAGAUACGACCACGGAUAUCGCUAAAACGUGCUCGGAAAUUUGUAACCAAUGUGAGAAACUUCCAGAGCAUAUUAAAGAUAACCAGAAAAAGGCUUGCCAGAAGAAAUGUAAUGAUUUGCUGAAAAAUCAAAAGGGAAGCAGUGACGCAGUGCUGCUGCAAAGUUUCAUUAUCCAAUUAUCCACAGGAGAUAUAUCCUGUCAGAUCGAAUAUGACAGCUGCACUGUGUGUCGGAACAUGUGCAGAACAUGCCUGAAAGAUGCUAAAAAUGUCAGCAUGGAUUUCUGCGAGGAUUUGUGUUUUGGAGUUUGUUCACCGUGUGUACUGAAUAAUGACUGCGAGAAAAUAUUAAUAAUUGAUGGAGGAUUUACUGGACAAAUUCAAAGAGCUUGUAGUGACAAGACCUCAAGUUGCCAGAAUAUCUUUGAUGGAUCACCACAAUUCAACAGGUCAAACUGCCUUUUAUCAUUUGAAACUGAUCCACAAAUCGAAACAAAUGGAACCUGCAGGUUCUCAGACAGCGGUGUGUGGUUAUUAAAAAAUAACACUCAUCACAUCAACAUCACCAGAAACGCGAGCCUCAGACCCACAGCACCCAUCUGCUUCACGACAGGACGUCAGACGUGCAACCGAACAAGCGAACUGUUGACAAACUGCACUCAGCCUAGCGGAAACUCUAGCUGGCUGUGUGAGAAUAUGAUCUGCGUGGAUCCCGAAACGUUCUGUAAGGAAGCUCAGUACAAAGAGUGCAGUGAAAACGAUUCAAACGAUGACAUCAUCCAUUUAACAGGAUCGUCUGCAGAGUGCCACAAGUGCGGAACUGCUUUUAAGAAAACGGAAGGACACAUUACGAUUAAUUUUACGUUUCCUGUUCAACAGCCCAACAGUAACGCCAGCUAUUCUGAAAUGAUGAAGGAUUUAACUAAUAUCAUUUUGCAAGAGAUGGAAAAUAAAUCCUCAGUGUCCGUGUCUUUGGAAGACAUUAGCGGGAUUUUUGUGAAACCUCCAAACAUCAAAGAAUUGAAACCCGCCUACUUUAUGUACUCCAGUCAGUUUAAUAUCGUCGAAGAUGAAACCCAGAUGCCCAAAUUUGAAAGGGCGUUCUCAGUACCGAAGGAGGCUUUUGAAAAAGCGUCCGGUGUAAACAUAAGCACACUUUUUGCAUCGCUGUUACGAUUUCCCAAGUUUCCACAGGACUAUAAGAACAGCACGCUGCUAAAUAAUGAAGUUUACUCCAUCGAUAUGGGAGGAGAAAUAUCAAAUCUCACCAAUACCUUUAAUCUAACCUUCAGGAACGUUGACCUGAAUGCCAGCGAUCCUUUGUGUUACUCUUGGGAUGGACGAGGAGCUACUCCGAACUGGACGACUCAUGGAUGCAACACUUCCUAUGGCAAUGGCUCUGUGACCUGCGCAUGCCAGCACUUAACCUUCUUCGCUGUGUUGAUGACUACUAAACCCCAGAACAUCUCGAGCUCUCACCUCGAUAAUCUCACCUACAUCACCUCCAUCGGGUGCGGCCUGUCCCUCUUCUUCCUCAGCAUAGCUCUCUUCAUGCACUUCCUGUUAAGGAGAGGCCGAGCCAGUGUUUCAGUCCACAUCCUCAUCAACCUGUUCCUGGCUCUGUUCCUGCUGAACCUCAGCUUCCUCAUCAACGAGUCGGUGGCGAACACGGGGAAUGUGAUCGGCUGUAAGUUAAUGGCGGGAGUGAUGCACUAUUCCAUGCUGUCCACUUUCACCUGGUUCGGCCUGCAGGCGCUGCAUCUGUGUUUACAGCUCGCACUAAAUGUCACCACUAUCCAGAAUUACAUCACCAAACUGUCCAUCGCCGGCUGGGUGCCUCCUGUCCUCGUAGUGACGGCCAUUUUCAUUUCUCAGAAAUACAACAAGGAGGACAUCGUCUCUAACACGGGACAAACCACAUCGAUGUGCUGGAUCACCGACCCAACCGUGCACUACGUAGUGAACAUCGGCUACUACUCCGCCAUCUUCCUCUUCACCUGCCUCACCUUCGUCGUGAUGCUGCGCUGGCUCUGGCUGCUCAGAAAUAAACGCCCCACCAUCACCAUGUCAGGGAAAAGGUCCAGAUCCUCGGACGCUCUGACCAUCAUGGGCCUGUGCUGCAUCCUGGGACUGAGCUGGGGCUUCGCUUUCUUCGCCUACGGCCCGAUGCAAAUCCCCGCCUUCUACAUCUUUACCAUCCUCAACUCCUUCCAGGGAUUCUUCAUGUUUGUUUAUUACUACAAGUCCAGCAGGCUGGUUGGUGAAGCUGAAGCAUCGCUGGAGGGAAGCAGCACCACCACAGACGCCACGGUGGUGGAAAACCCGUACGGCAAACACAAAACCUUCUAAAUCCAGGAUCAGUGGACGAGCGUAAAACCGCAGUGCUUUCAGUAUAAAUGUUAUUCUCGGUUACUUUAACAUGUGCAUGAGUUGCGUUUUAAUUGUUAUUCUAACAAGCAGCAACAUCUAUAUAUUUAAUAUAUUUAUAGUGUAUACCACAAAACCACCUCACAUGAUGUAGCAUUUGUGCAUCAACCUAAAGUUAUACUUAAAAAAAUAUAAAUCCAUCAGUUCAGUCUGUUAAAUAAAAGAUUUUUCUCUUCCUACUGUUACUAUUAAACUUGGAACAUGCGAGAUGUUUAAAUACAGAAGCUUUAUUUUUAAUAUUAUAUUAUUGCAUUGAUUUAAGUUUUAAUUAAAUUAGUCUAUUUUUAGAUUGCAUGUAUGUAGUGUAUAUGAGCUUACAAGGAAGUUUAUAAGAGAACGAUUAAUUGUGAAUUAGACGAAACAUUGAGGUGGUUUUGUUUAUUAUUCUCAUUUUUAUUCCACAACUGAUGACGUUAUAGCUAUGUACUGUAGUUUUAAUCAUAUUACCAAUAUGUAGUUUGUAUUUCCUGAUUAUAUAAAAUGAUAAAUCAUUCCAUUAGUCUGGGUUUUUAAUCUGGAUUUAUCUGUCAGAAUAAAUUAAAAUGAAAAUAUGCCAAUAUUUAAAUAUUCAUACCUUUUCACAUAUCACAAAUUUACCAGAAUAUGGAGUUCACUGAGAAUGUUUAGUUCUUGUUAGUUUUAUUGUAAUAACACAGUCAAUAAUCAGGCUUUCACAUAAGAGUUUAUUGAAAUUAUUUCGUGGAAUUGUAAAAAAAAGAAGAAGAACUAUUCACAUGCAAUAGACAUGUACAUCUUUUGCAUAGUUUGAUGUGUCAUGCUCUGUGUGAUGAUGUUAUGUAACAUUACAUGAUUUGAAUGCUGAAAGAAAGAAACAAAGAAAGUAAUUUGGUUUAUGGAGAAACAGAUCAUUCAAACAACCCAUGAAUUAUAAUACAGAUGAUAUCAGUAACCAAAUUAAAUUCCAGAAAACAAUGAAUCAUUCAGCACAAAUAGCAUCUAAGCAAAUGUCUACAGAACAUUAGAUGGAGGAAAUAGACUUUCAAAUAAUACACACUAUACAGCCAAAAGUUUGUGCACCCCUUACUACGACAUUCAUAUGUGCUUGUUGAACGUCCAGUUCCAGAUUUAUUCCCCGUGUGUUUGCUGUUAUAAUGAGCUCCACUCUUCUGGGAAGCUUUCCACUAGAUGUUGGAGCGUGGCUGUGGGAAUUUGUGUUCAUUCAGCUACAAGAGCAUUAGUGAGGUCAGGCGCUGAUGUCGGGUAAGGAGUCUCCAGUUCCAGUUCAUCCCCAUGUCUUCAUGGAGCUGGCUUUGUGCACAGGGGCAUUGUCAUGCUGGAACAGGUUUCAGCCUCUUAGUUCCAGUGAAGGGAAACUGUAAAGCUACAGCACACAGAGACGUUCAGUACAGUUGUGUAGAAAACUUUGUGAGAAUAGUUUGGGGAAGAAGAACAUAUGGGUGUGAUGGUCAGGGGUGCACAUACUUUUGUCUGUAUAGUAUUUCAUGUAUUGCAAUAUGGAGAGAUUUAGAAACACCUGUUUAAGUGUAAUAUUGAAGCAGAUGUGUAAUUAUUUAGCCAUUUCUUUUUGCAUAUUGUUAUAGUGUCAAUGUUAUUGAUGGAAAAUAUUCUAAGAUAUGUACUUUUCUGGAUUUAAACUGAAAUAAAUGUUUUUUUUUUCAAU